UCUCUCUCUCUCUCUCUCUCUCUCUCUCUCUCUCUUUACUUCUUGCUUCCAGAUACCUUUUCUCUCCAAGCCUCUAAGAAUAUUCAUCCCAAAAUUCCCAAAUCCAAACCAAGCAACGAUCCAAAGAGAAAGGAAGAUUGAAUUCAACCUCCUAAAGGCAUCCCAAAUGCUGGAGUUCAAGACCAGAAGGAAGAAAAUUUGGACCUUUUCAAAUUGACCUCCUCCUCCUGCUUCUUCCACAAACGACCUCAAGCCUUGUCCUCUUGCGUGAUGGGAGUCAUGUCCAAGUUCAAAGCGAGCAACCGACAGAAUUUCCCUCUUGCAAAGCUCUCCUCCUGGUUCGCCCCUGCCACUCGUCCUCCUGGUCUCCUCCUAUUCCUUUCCUGAAGAGCGCAAAGCUAGCAGAACAGAGUGAAACAGAGAGGACAAGAAGAAGAAGAAGAAGAAAAGGAAAAGAUCGAACCUUUACAUGGCUUUGUACGCUCCCAACUCGAGUUUCCCAAAUGGGUCCGAUUAUUUCAACAUGUUCGAUGCGUUCCCGCGUGAUUUUGGUGGGUUCAAUGGCGUCCCGCGAGGCGGGUCUCUGGUGUUGGACAGGGAAAAGAGUGAGCUCGUUAAGGCUCCGGUUGGGGUGGCCAAGAAGGAGGUUUCGCAGGAAAAGGUCAUGGCGGCCAUGAAGAGUCAUAGCGAGGCCGAGAGGAGGAGGAGAGAGAGGAUCAAUUCUCAUCUCAAUACUCUCCGUGGACUCGUCCCCUGUACUGAAAAGAUGGACAAAGCUACACUACUUGCCGAGGUUGUGAGCCAAGUAAAAGAACUGAAGAAGAUCGCGAGCAAAGCGAGUACAGGUCUCCUUGUCCCAAUGGACGCUGAUGAGAUAACGGUCGAACCGUUCGGCGAUGGAGCAAGAGAUGAGGUAUUUUCCUUCAGGGCAUCCAUCUGUUGCGAAUACCGGCCUGAGCUGCUGUCUGAAAUGAGGCAAGCACUCGAGGCUCUACCCCUGAAGAUGGUGAAGGCCGAGAUCUCGACCCUUGAAGGCCGGUUGAAGAAUGUGUUUGUCUUCAGUAGCCUCACGGAAGAGCACAAGAAUGGCGAUUCCAAGGCACGCCAAAGUUUAGUGAGCUCGGUUCACCAGGCUCUGAGUUCUCUUCUCGAGAAAAGUUCUGUAUUGCCAGAGUACUUCCCGAGGACGACCGUGCCGAGUAAGAGGCGUCGGCUCUCGUCUUUUGAUUCGUCGAGUUCUUCGUCCUGACAGACAAGGCCUCUUUGCUAGACACUGUGAACAAGUUUCCUUUUUUUUUUUUGCCUAAAGAGAAAAUUGUAGAAUCAAUGACAUGGAUAGAGACCGGUCAAAGACUCCCUGCGCCGUCAUCAAUCGAUGUUGUAGCUUGCUGCCGGUAAAGUAAUUUAAUCUCGGUGGUUGGAGAUGUCGUAGUUCUAUACGUCUACAGGUGCUGUGUCCUUUAGACAUGGACAUGUCUUAUUUUGUAACGUUCAUGGUUAUGGUGCUAUACGGCCGGUGUUCUGCUUUUUCAGCUAAAUUUGUGAUAAAGUUGAUAGUA